AUGCACGGAACGCGUCUUUUAACUUUUGCGGCCAUCAGCUGCCUCGUGGCAUUUGCUUCCGCCUCCGAGUACUUCGCCGAGAGCAACGAGGUACUCGAGGAUCUUAAUAUCCCGGAGAGCAACGUCGAAGAUCGCAUCUCACGCUCGUCCCAGGCUAUUCCCUCGCAGGCCUAUGGACCUCCAUUACUCUGCUCCUGCAUCAUCAAGCUAUUCAGCGCCCAAGGCAACAUCUUACUCGGCUCCAGCUGCUCCAAGUUAUUCAGCACCUGUAGCUCCAAGUUAUUCAGCACCUGCAGCUCCAAGCUAUUCAGCUCCAGCUGCACCAAGCUAUUCAGCACCAGCCGCUCCAAGCUAUUCAGCACCUGCAGCUCCAAGCUAUUCAGCACCUGCCGCUCCAAGCUAUUCAGCACCUGCAGCUCCAAGCUAUUCAGCACCUGCAGCUCCAAGCUAUUCAGCACCAGCAGCUCCAAGCUAUUCAGCACCUGCAGCUCCAAGCUAUUCAGCACCUGCAGCUCCAAGCUAUUCAGCACCUGCCGCUCCAAGUUAUUCAGCACCUGCAGCUCCAAGCUAUUCAGCACCUGCUGCUCCAAGCUAUUCAGCUCCAGCUGCACCAAGCUAUUCAGCACCAGCAGCUCCAAGCUAUUCAGCACCUGCUUCUCCAAGCUAUUCAGCACCUGCCGCUCCAAGUUAUUCAGCACCUGCUGCUCCAAGCUAUUCAGCUCCAGCUGCUCCAAGCUAUUCAGCACCAGCAGCUCCAAGCUAUUCAGCGCCUGCCGCUCCAAGUUAUUCAGCACCUGCAGCUCCAAGUUAUUCAGCACCUGCAGCUCCAAGCUAUUCAGCACCUGCCGCGCCAAGCUAUUCAGCACCAGCAGCUCCAAGUUAUUCAGCGCCUAAGACACCAUCUUACUCUGUGCCUGCUGCACCAAGCUAUUCAGCGCCUAAGUCUUCUGGAUAUUCAGCCCCGUCCGUUACAAGCUAUUCAGCACCCAAAUCCUCGGGAUACGCUCGUAUGCUUAAUGCGCUGUUGGGCU